UAAUAGUAUUAUUUGUGAUUACAAAACGAAGUUGUUUAAUGAUUAUAAUUCAAGAUCAAGUUGACGAGAGCGCAUUAAAAUAAGUGAAAUGUGUGUUUUUAAGUGAAGAUUACAUGGAAAAAACUGAGUUGGCGGCAGCGCAGGAGGCGGCGGGCGCGCAGGCUCGCGCGGCGCCAGCUGAUACCAUGGGCGGCGCGCACCAGCCCGCUACUCCGGGGCCCAGCUCGCUGUUUAUAUUCUCCGACGAAAAUCCUAUUCGGAGGUAUACAAAGUUCAUUAUCGAGUGGCCGCCCUUCGAGUACGCGGUGCUGCUUACCAUCAUCGCCAACUGCGUGGUGCUGGCGCUGGAGGAGCAUCUGCCCAACGGCGAUAAGACCAUCUUAGCACAGAAUCUGGAAAAGACCGAGGCGUACUUUUUAGGAAUAUUUUGUGUAGAAGCCUCGUUAAAAAUUUUAGCCUUAGGUUUUGUUUUACACAGGGGUUCUUAUCUUAGAAACGUUUGGAACAUCAUGGAUUUUUUCGUUGUAGUAACUGGUAUCAUCACGCAGCUGCCAAUCGCGCCCGCCGACGUCGACUUCAGGACCUUGCGUGCCAUUAGGGUGCUGAGGCCCCUUAAAUUAGUAUCGGGCGUUCCUAGUUUACAAGUGGUAUUGAAGUCGAUAAUCAAGGCGAUGGCCCCGUUGCUGCAGAUCGGCCUUUUGGUGCUUUUCGCAAUCGUCAUAUUCGCUAUCAUAGGCCUCGAGUUUUAUUCUGGGGCGCUACAUAAGACUUGUUAUAGCUUAGAAGAUAUUUCUGAAGUAGUUAACGAUGGCGAAUAUCCAACACCAUGCAACGCCGACAACGAAACGCUCGCACCUUACGGUGCCUAUGUUUGCACUUAUGACAAGAGCACGUGCCUGGAGAAGUGGGAAGGACCGAAUAGGGGAAUUACCUCCUUCGAUAACAUUGGCUUUGCUAUGCUCACAGUCUUCCAGUGCAUCACUAUGGAGGGCUGGACCGCCAUUCUCUAUUGGACAAAUGACGCGUUAGGUAGUACAUUCAACUGGAUUUACUUUGUUCCUCUCAUAGUAUUGGGUUCAUUCUUUAUGCUCAACUUAGUUCUCGGUGUCCUUAGCGGAGAAUUUUCAAACGAGAGGGGCCGUGUAGAACGUCGUGCUCAAUUCCAAAAGGAAAGAGCUCGGCAAAUGUUCAAUCAAGACUUUACGGGUUACAUUAAUUGGAUUACAGAAGCAGAGGAAGUUAUAUUAGCUGAAGAAAGGACGACGGAAGAAGAGAGAAUGCACAUAAUAGAAGCACGAAGAAGAGCAGCGGCAAAGAAAAAGUUAAAAAACUUAGGCAAAAGUAAAAGCACCGAUACCGAAGAAGAGGAACAGGAUGAGGACUGCGGGGAUGACGGUUUUUUGAAAAGCAAAGCACGCUCCGCGGGUAAAUGUGCGGACUUCUGGCGAGCUGAAAAGAGAUUUCGUUUCUGGAUCAGGCACACGGUGAAGACGCAGUGGUUUUAUUGGUUCGUCAUCGUCCUGGUGCUCUUCAACACAAUAUGCGUAGCCGUUGAGCAUUAUAGACAACCUAAGUGGCUUACUUCAUUUUUAUACUAUGCCGAAUUUGUGUUCUUGGGGUUAUUCAUGAUGGAGAUGUGGGUGAAAAUGUAUGCCCUCGGGCCUCGCAUUUACUUUGAAUCAUCUUUCAACCGCUUCGACUGUGUUGUCAUAUCUGGCUCCAUUUUCGAAGUGGUAUGGUCAGAAGUAAAAGGUGGCUCUUUCGGUCUCUCUGUCCUUAGGGCUCUGAGACUAUUGAGGAUAUUUAAGGUUACAAAAUAUUGGUCGUCGCUACGCAAUCUUGUGAUAUCUCUUCUAAACUCAAUGAGAUCUAUUAUCUCGUUGCUGUUCCUUCUAUUCUUGUUCAUUCUUAUAUUUGCUCUACUUGGAAUGCAAUUGUUCGGUGGGCAGUUUAACUUUGAGGAAGGCACUCCACCGACCAAUUUCAACACAUUUCCGAUCGCGCUGCUUACUGUCUUCCAGAUUUUAACAGGUGAAGAUUGGAACGAAGUAAUGUAUGAUGGAAUACAAUCUCAGGGUGGUAUACAGAGAGGCAUGAUCUACUCGCUAUAUUUUGUCAUUCUUGUGUUGUUCGGGAACUAUACUCUUCUGAACGUGUUUCUUGCCAUCGCCGUGGACAACUUGGCUAACGCUCAGGAAUUAACAGCAGCUGAAGAAGAGCAGGUCGAAGAAGACAAACAAGCAGAGUUGGAGAAAGAGAUGGGUGCUUUACACGCGAUGGAUGGAUCACCGUCUCUUAACGUUAGUCAAUCUCCAACAAGUAGGAAGAAUAAAAAGAAGGAAGAGGCCAAAAAAGAUGAAGAAGAGAUACCAGAUGGACCAAAACCAAUGCUGCCAUAUUCGUCCAUGUUUAUUUUGUCACCUACUAAUCCCAUUAGACGCGGCGCACACUGGAUUGUAAAUUUAAGAUAUUUUGAUUUUUUUAUUAUGGUAGUAAUUUGCAUGAGUUCUGUGGCUUUGGCAGCUGAAGACCCCGUAGUCGAAGAAAGUAAUAGAAAUAAAGUAUUAAAUUACUUCGACUACGCGUUCACUGGAGUCUUCACUGUGGAGAUGUUGCUAAAGAUAGUCGAUCUCGGCAUCUUGUUUCACCCGGGCGCGUAUUUGCGCGAUCUCUGGAACAUUAUGGACGCCGCGGUCGUCAUCUGCGCCCUCGUCAGCUUCGGUUUUGAGAUCGGAGGUGUGAAGAAAGGGGCGGGACAAAAUUUGUCCACAAUUAAGUCGUUACGAGUGUUAAGAGUGCUCAGACCUUUAAAAACUAUUAAGCGUGUCCCAAAAUUAAAAGCAGUGUUUGACUGUGUUGUGAACUCUUUGAAAAAUGUCAUAAACAUUCUCAUAGUGUACAUAUUGUUUCAAUUCAUAUUCGCUGUAAUCGCAGUGCAACUUUUUAAUGGUAAAUUUUUUUACUGCAACGAUAUCAGUAAGAAUACUUUUGAAGACUGCCAAGGAUCAUAUUUCUUUUACGAACCAAACAGCCUCCUGCCGAGAGUGAGCAAGCGUCAGUGGACGACUCAAUCCUUCCACUACGACAAUGUCGCCUCCGCUAUGCUCACACUUUUUGCGGUGCAGACGGGAGAGGGCUGGCCUCAAGUAUUACAAAAUUCAAUGGCUGCCACCUACGAGGACCGGGGACCGAUACAAAAUUUUCGAAUAGAAAUGUCCAUAUUUUAUAUAGUUUACUUCGUGGUAUUUCCUUUCUUCUUUGUUAAUAUAUUCGUAGCUUUGAUUAUUAUAACAUUUCAAGAGCAGGGUGAAGCUGAGUUACAAGACGGUGAAAUUGAUAAGAAUCAGAAAUCAUGUAUAGACUUCACGAUAGAAGCACGUCCUCUAGAGAGGUAUAUGCCAAGUAAAAGGGGAAGUCUUAAGUACAAAGUGUGGAGAAUAGUAGUCUCUACGCCUUUUGAGUACUUCAUCAUGGCACUCAUUGUGCUAAAUACGUUAUUGCUCAUGAUGAAGUACUAUAAUCAAAAUGACCUCUACGCGGAUAUCCUCAAGUAUUCGAAUAUGGGGUUUACUGGAAUGUUUUCUGUGGAAACGGUGUUGAAAAUCAUCGCUUACGGUGUCAAAAAUUUUUUCAAAGAUCCUUGGAAUACGUUCGAUUUCAUAACGGUCAUUGGAAGUAUUAUUGACGCACUUAUAAUGGAAUUUGGCAACGACCUUGCUGAAAACUGUGCUGACAUAUCCUGUCAGCAGGAGAACACAUUCAACGUAGGUUUCCUUCGCCUGUUUCGAGCCGCGCGACUGAUCAAGCUGCUUCGACAGGGUUAUACUAUUCGAAUACUUCUGUGGACGUUCGUGCAGAGUUUUAAAGCCUUACCCUAUGUGUGCCUUCUCAUCGCGAUGCUAUUCUUUAUCUACGCCAUUAUCGGGAUGCAGGUGUUUGGCAAUAUAGAAUUAGCAGCAGAAUCUGAUAUGAAUAGACACAAUAAUUUUCGAAGCUUUAUUCAAGCGUUAAUGUUAUUAUUUAGGUGUGCUACAGGGGAGUCGUGGCCAAACAUUAUGUUAGCAUGUCUAAAGCCGGCCAAAUGCGACAGGGAAGCCGAUAAACCCCCAAACGAAUUCUGUGGUAGCACCUUAGCAUAUGCAUAUUUUGUGUCUUUCAUAUUUUUCUGCUCUUUUCUCAUGUUAAAUUUAUUCGUUGCUGUUAUCAUGGAUAAUUUUGACUAUUUAACGAGAGACUCGUCCAUUCUCGGAGCCCAUCACUUAGACGAAUUUGUCAGAAUUUGGGCUGAGUAUGAUCCAAAUGCAACAGGGAAAAUUCAUUACACGGAAAUGUACGAUAUGUUAAAAAAUAUGGAUCCGCCUUUAGGUUUUGGCAACAAGUGCCCGAACAGACUAGCGUACAAAAAAUUAAUUAGAAUGAAUAUGCCACUAGAUGAUGAAGGGAAAGUGAAUUUCACAACUACACUUUUUGCCUUAAUCCGAGAAAACCUCAGCAUAAAAAUGAGAUCUGCUGAAGAAAUGGACCAAGCCGAUGAAGAACUUAGGGAAACGAUAACCCACAUUUGGCCACUUCAAGCUAAGAAAAUGCUAGAUUUGCUGGUGCCUCGAAAAGAUGUUCUAAAUAUAGGAAAGUUAACGGUUGGAAAAAUCUAUACAGGACUUCUUAUCCUAGAGAGCUGGAGAUCGACUAGGUUUGGCAAGAACAAACCAGAGGGCGUUCCGAAGGCGUCCUUGUUUAACUGCCUGCUGGAUGCGGCGGCAGCCGGGCUGGGUCAAGGCUCGCGGACCGGCUCAUUAAGUCACGAGGUACCCGGAAUACCAGCUGAUGGCCAUCCUGAAGAUCCACACAGUUUAGCUAAUCUGGCUAAACGCUCUUCAAGAAAAUCUUUCAAGAACAAUAAAAAGGUCCUGGAGUUGCAAGAUGUGGGAUCACACCAUGCUUCCAUGGAAUCUUUAGAUGAAGCGAGGUUACAACCACCUCACACUUAUCAAAACGGGCACCAUGGAAGGUCAUCUAGUUUAAGACGAAGUCCAAGUCCAAGACGAAGAGGUCACUACGGAGGCUACCACCACGAAAUUGGCUUCUCCGACACAGUUAACAAUGUUGUCGAAAUAGUUAAGCAUGAACAUCAAAGACAUGGUCGAACGCAUAGAGCGCCUCACCACUACCACCCCCAUGGGAAGGAGUGGAGGGCGCCGUACCCCACGACCAGCCUGAGCCAGCCCUCGCGAUCGCCCAGCCCGCCACACCACACCUACGUUUGGGCGUCAAUAGGUGGUGACCGUGAGCGCGAACGAGACCGCGAAUGGCGGGAGUGGCGCGAGCGGUCGUGGGAGCGAGAGGGAGGCAGGCGCGGUCGCGGCCGGCAGCUCCCCCCGACGCCUACUAAGCCGUCCACCUUACAUGUAAAGCAACAACCACCAUUCAACAGAAUCAGCCACAGUCCCUCGCACUUAUCUUUGAGGCACACAACUCGAGAACCGUUAGAGCCUCUUCAUGACGAGUACGAGUACGGUCGAGAAGUUGAAAGACUGAUACACAGAGACUAUAGAUCUAGAGAAAGUCUCAAUGAAAGAGGGCAUGAGUUCGGCAGGCGCGGAUGGGGCUACGAAUCGGAUCGCGGCGGGCGGUCGUACGAGGCGCCGCUCAGCUACGAGGCAGCGCUGGCGUUGGGGCGCGGCGGUGGGGGAGCACGCGCGCUGCCGUCGCCCGCCCCGCGCCGCGUCUCCCCAACGGGUACAAGCCGCGCGCGCGCCACUCCGACUCCGACGAGGACGACUGGUGCUAGCGGCGCCGCCGCGCGCGCUCCCAGCGGGAUGUGCGCGCGCCGACAGACCCCUCCGCCACCGCCGCGCACGCGUAUACUUUCUGACGCGGCCGCCGUCGCACGCGUCGCCGCAAACGUCACCGCGCUCGAACGGACUCCCGUAGCGCGCGCCGCUCGCGCUCGCGUGUGUCUAGUCAAGGACGACUUUCGCCGCUCGCGAACAAGGAUGUGCCGCCGCGAUCGGCCUUCCGCGGCUUCCGAGUGUCCGAAUUCUAGUAUUUACAAAGUUUUGGAAAAUUUAAUUUUUAAUUCGCUAAAAUUUUACUCUUUGAUUUAUAUUACGGUUAAGGUAUUCGAAUAUGAAACAGUGCCAGGCAACUCGUUUGCGCUAGGAUUUUUACAUAAAAUGAAAUAAUUAGUCUGUAUCGUAAAAGUAAACUUUCUAUAUUAAAUUUGCACUUCAUAAAAUCUCAUAAUAUAUAUCGCCUGCUGAAACGACACGGGGCUGAGACACCGGAAGUGCGGUUCGCCGCUACACUACGCCGGUCGUUGCCGGUACACUGAGCCAGUGACGGGUAUACCCCGGAGAGUGGCCGCUACCCGCGCUGCCGCCGUUCCGCCUUGUGCUCGUUUCAUGUUCAAGUUAGACGCUGGAAGAAUCUAGCAUUUCAUCGUCGAAACAAAUUAAUACUAGGGAUGUAUAAAAUAUUUACAUAGCGAAUAAUUUUUACUUAGUUAAUAUAUACUAAAUAAAUAAUUGAACAUUUUUUAUUGAAUUUGCUGUCCUUCCCCCAAGUGCUUUAUAUCUAUGUUAUUUAAAUUUAAAUACAAUUAACUAAAUAAAUAUGAAUUGUACGUAAACUUUGAAAUAUCCUGCAUUAUACUUAAAAUUGUUAAAUCGUGUGUAGGCCAGUCAAUUGACGGCUUAGUGUUUUGUUACAUUUGGAUAUUACAUCGUUGUCGUAAAACUUUAUGUAAAUAAAAUGUUUAGUCGCAACGGUGUUCCGUAGCUGUAAUGUGCCUGCAAUAUCUCGUUAGUGUAAUCGAAUGUUCGUGACGCCACGGCACUGAACGAGCCGGACCAAAUGUGACAAGAUUCUCUAUGAAGUCUCUUGACUGGAUUAAUGAUAUUGUUUAUAUAGAUUUUGUCGCCUGGUUAAGGAAAGUACUUAAUAUUGUUUAGAUAACAAUUAAUCAUCCAUAGACCAAGUGUAUUAAAACUGUUUAAAUUUUGAAAAUUUUAAUAGAAUAACAGCAUUAAAUAUACCUUAACAUCAAGAUUAUCUUCAGAAUCGAUUUAAAAUUGUAGCUUAUUAAUUAUUAUUAUUAAAAAAAAGAAUAAAACCUAAUCCCAUAGUGUUCACUGUGAUUAAAUUAAAUUUGUACUUGAGGUUUCCAUUAUAAAAUAAUGUCACAUAAUUUUGAUUAAUUAGCUCGAAACGCUUUACAUUUAAUAUUAAAGGGCAUUUUCAAUUUUAAUAACCUAUAUCUACGAUUUAAAUAAAAAUGUUGUAAGAUAAUGAUGACCAGGCACAAAAUCGAAGCCACCGGUGACUAAUUUCCGAAUUGGUUUACAACUUAUCAAAUCUAAUACAGCAAAAGCAUAAUAUAUUCCAUUAAACAGCGAGGCUGAAGUGGUAAACCAAUUCUGAUGCGUUUAGUAAAACGUAAAUCAUUGUGUAACUUUACACCUGGUACAUUCGACCCAUCGUCAAAUUCACGAAGACACGAUUUUAUAUCUCGAACAUAAUUUUAGCCUUAAAACAAAAUUAAAUGAAAAAACAAUAAAACAUUUCAAUAAAAAUUGAAUUAUACAUUUCAUCAUUUAUGAAUGAAUUAAACGUUUCUUUCAAAAAUUAAGUGCUGUCAAUAUUUACUUAAAUAAUUCAUACCAAAUAUUAUAAAUACAUCGACAGGUUUUAAUUCUUAAUCGAGUUAUUUCUGAUAAUAUUUUUAUGUUGAAUGUAAUUUUUAUUUAAGGCUAUAAUUAGUGUUCGAGAGUAAAUUGUUAUUCAUCUAUAACAUUGUUGCGAGGAACGUAUAGGCUACGUACAAAACCUAAGUACGGAAAAAUUGUAAAUAGAUAAUUUUCUGUGAUAACAAAUAUGAAUGGUGUUUAUUAUUAGAACUGUGUGAUUGCAUAGGGAAGUUAUUUAUUUAACAGAUACGCUGUGUUGGAAAAGAAUUUAAAUCUGCAAACGUUUGUUAUAACUAUCCAAAAUAAUGUUGUUCAUUAAAAUCUAACUGUUCAUUAACGUUGUGCAUGUCUUGUGACUUAAUUAUUUAUGAAUGAUGAUUGCAUGAUUCAUUUUGACUAGCGGUGAUUGUAGGUACAAAUUUUGUAAAAAUAAUGAAUUUUUUUUAUGAACAAUUUGCUAAUCGUGUAUUCAGCGAUGUUUUGUGCGUUGUUUGUGACUAGUUUCAUAACGAAUAGUACCGUUUCGUAUUUAUUUAAUACUCUUAAUUAUGAUAUUGGUAUGUAGUUAAAUGUAUUAUACAAGAGAUGAUUGUUGUGCACAAUAUGGAUUUAUUUACUUGCAGCUCGUUUAUCAUUUAUAUAUAAAAAUAAAUAUAAAUUAUUAUUUUAAAUGAAUAUUUUGAUUGUUAUUGUUCACUUCAAUGUCGAACAAUUUGUAAGUUCUAUCGUUCGUUUUUUUUAACUGUGUUAUAUUUUAUAGUACGAAUUAUAAUUCCUUCUGUAUUUCUGUUAAUUCAUUCAAAUUAAUUAUAUUGUUAUAAUUGUGUAAUUUAAGGUUUGUUUUCGAAUAGAAUAGAUAUUUUAUAAACCAUAUCGAGUUGCAAUUUCUUUAUAGUCACCAAACAAAAACAUGAAAUGCCGAUAAUUUGGUUUAUAUUCAAGUCAUUUGUUUUAUCAUCAAACUGAUUAUGAAAUUGCAAAUUUGAUUAAAUGAUAAUUAUUAUUAAAAUAGAGUUGUUAAGACCUUAUUCGUAAUUCGUUUUAUUUAUCAAUUGUUCGCGAAGGAAUGCAUGUUUCAUAAUGUAUAACUGGUAAUCCAUGGUUUCAGAGUGGUAGAUUUCUUCUAUGUAGUUUUCUCAUUUAAAGUGAUUGAUUCAUAAAUAUAUUUAUAUUGUUAUUGUAUAGAUGUAUGAAUUUUGUUCCGUCAUUUGUAAUUGGAGCGAUAUUAUACAAUAAGCCGAUGGACUUUCAAUGACUGAGUGGUAUUAGAGUUGCAGAGUGCGUCCUGCUUUAGUGUUUGUGAUACCCUCGUAACUACGUCGCGCAUGCGUGUUUAAGACGUGUAAAUAUUGUAAUAUAUAAUGCGGCCGUUAUGUAGAGGUCGUAUGUGAAAAUGUCUAGUGGUAUGUACUAGUUAAUAUUAAUGUUAGCUAGGUAAUCUCGUCCCCAACUAUCCUUGAAUUUAAGUUGGGAGUUUCACUGCCUUAAAAUAAUAAAAAAAGUUUUACGUAAUAGUUACCUUAACUACUACAGAUAAGGGCUACUCAAUAUUCUUAUACGUUUUUUAUCGUUCGAUAACACGUCACCGUAUCCGAAUAGUUCGUUCGUUUUUCAAUACUUGUAUUCAUAAACACGUCUGCAAUUUGUUUCCUAUUACAAUUCAUGUUACUCGCAAACGAAACAUUGAUAUUAACACUUUCUCUUAAUGCAUUAUAAGAAUAUCACUCAAUGAAUUUGUUAAAUCGAUUUACUCGUAAUAAAUUGUUACCAAUGAAUGUCUUAACUCUUUUCGUUUUCGAGACAGCUAGAUGAGCUAGGUAACUGUGACAAAUACGUAUUAUACUAAUUAAGCGAAUUUAAUUGUAUUUAUUCCUUUAAAGCUAAAAGAACCAAAAAUAAUGUCAUUAGUAUAAGAUGCAAAUAAACAUUUGCUGAAUAAAAUCGUUAUCAGUUCCCACUUGCAAUAUCGUGAUAAGACAAAUGCAAGCGAUUGCUAACAAUACUGUGUCGAAAGUAAUCAUGUGAUAAUUAUAUCUUGAACUUGUCAAAUAGGUAAGAGCAUUCGUUCGCUGCUAGUUUAUAUAGGAACUAGCAAUAAAUACCGCCGUGGGUUCCAGUAAUAUUUUAAGUGAUCUAAUUAAUAUAAAGCGAGCCUUUGCUGAAACCGCUGGCUUGGAGGAUCCUUUAGUAAGUUCGACGCGAAGUGAGUUCGUGAUGUCGAUGUCACGUUAUGCCUGCCUUGUAUCUGUAUAAGCGCUUUACCGAACGACAAGUUUUAUAUUAAAUUGAUAAUUAUUACUGUAUAUUUAGCAUAGAAAGUUCAUCGGCAACGAGAGAUCACCAUAGAUAUGUUUUUUUGGUACGAUCCAAUAACUUUGCAAGAUAGUAAAUACUAUUGAUAUUGUAUUAAUAAAGAACCAAAAUUAAAUUAGUAAAUAAGUAAUUUAUUAUCCUAAAACUAAAUACUAUACGCAUGUUUUCACUAUACCUACUGGUAAAAUGGUUAUGUACAAGACGAGAGCUACUGUUUUAUAUAUGAAUUCUUGCUCGCCUGUAAAAUUUUGCAGAAUGAAUCAUAUUAUAAGAUUGUACAAUAUGAAUAAAU